AUGAGUUACGGAUAUCCUCAACAAGGCUACGGCCAACAGUACCCUCCCCAGGGACAACCUCCAUACCAACAACAACCCUACGGUGCACCUCCUGGUCCACCUCCAGGCCAUUCACCGUACCCCCCGCAGCACGGUGGCUAUGGCGCUCCCCCAGGUCCUCCUAUGGGUCACCACCCAUCGCAAUCCUUUGGAGCCCCUCCUGGUCCCCCGCCAGGACACUAUGGAGCCCCUCCAGGCCCUCCUCCUGAUCAGUACGGCCAACCUCAAUAUGGUGCUCCCGCACAGUACGGAAGUGGCCCUCCAGCUCCCCCCUCCAUGGGAUACGUUCCUGGUCAAGUUGCACCGAUGGACAUGUCUAGACAAGCCGAUGAUUUGAGGAAAGCCAUGAAGGGAUUCGGAACCGACGAGAAAGCUCUUAUCGCAAUACUCGCACCAAUGGAUCCUCUCCAGGCUGCCGGCGUCCGCCAAGCAUUCAACCAGCGUCAUCGUCGCGAUCUUCUCAAGGACAUUGAGUCCGAGACAUCAGGCUACUUCCGCGAAGGUCUCAUGGCCAUAGUUCGUGGUCCUCUUGAGCAAGACGUUCUAAACGCAAACAAGGCAAUCAAGGGAAUCGGCACCAAAGAGUCUGUCCUCAAUGAUGUACUUCUAGGUCGCAGCAACGCCGACAUGAAUGCCAUCAAAGCACAUUACCAUCAUGUGUACAAAAAGUCUCUCGAGUCUGACGUCAAGGGUGACCUAUCUCUCAAGACCGAGCGUCUCUUCGACAUGGUCUUGGCGGCACGUCGCAACGAAGAGUCAUCUCCUGUAAUACCUCAGCAAAUCGAGGCCGAUACCACUGAACUCUAUCGUGCUACGGAGGGUAGCAAGAUUGGGGCCGACCAAGUGGCUGUCUGCGCUAUCAUCACCCAGCGUAGCGAUGGUCAGCUUCGUGCCAUUUCCCAAGCAUACCGUCAGAAGUACCACCGCGAACUCGCAGAGGUCUUGAAAAAGAACUUCAGCGGUCACAUGGAAGACGCUCUCUUGUACAUCCUACUCAAUGCCGAAGAUCGCGCUAAGCACGAUGCUCAACUCCUCGAGGCGGCUAUGGCGGGCUUGGGUACCAAAGACGAUCUACUUGUGAACAGAAUUGUCAGAAUUCACUGGGACAAGCAUCGCAUGUCACAAGCUCGAGGCGCCUACAGACACUUCUACCAGCGCGACUUGGCUGACCGCAUUCGCGGAGAAACAAGAGGUGACUACGAGAGGUUAAUGGUAGCGAUUGUGCAAAGCGCCUAG